CACUCCGAAACCCACCUGAUUUCGCGAACUGCAUUACUAUCGAAACUACUACUGUACUUAACAGAAAGUGCGUGCAAAACAAAUACAACAUUGUUGCGAUUUCGUUGGGGCCGUGGCCGCAACAAUUCCCCUCCAGUGCAACAACAACGCAGCACGCGGAGAGCAGAAGAAGAGCAGGAAAAGAGGAAAAAUCCGGGGAAAUCCCACGAAAUGAAGAGUAACGUCAAUCAGGGCGGUUACGCCCCACCCGGUUUCGGAUCCGGAUUCCAGCCAAAUGCUCCGCCCGCCGAAGGAUUCGGCUACCCACCGCCCACUGGGGGCCACAACGCCCCCUAUCCCCCCGCACCCGGUCAUCCACAGCCGCCGCCGCCCACGAAUUACGGGUUUAUGCCAGGUCCUCAGCCAGCCGGAUACGCUCCAGUUCCCCAAAUGCCGCCAUACGGAGAAGCUCCGCCCUACGGAGCCGGACAACCACCUUACAUGGGUGGUCCAGGUGGUCAGCCACCUUAUGCGGGUGGUCCAGGCGGACAGCCACCUUAUGUAGGUGGUCCUGGUGGACAGCCACACUACGGAGGAGGAGCACCACCGCCCCAGGCCUUCGGCGGAUAUCCUCCCGGACCAGCAGGACCAGGAGGACCACCAAACGCAUUCGGCGGUUAUCCACCGGGACAACCACAACAGCCCAUUGUCACGCAACCGGGAAUGGGACCGGGAAUGGGUCCAGGGAUGGCCCCACAGGGCGGACCAGCAGGAGACUGGAUGAGUAUACCUACCGGAAUUCCGAACUGUCCGCGCGGAUUGGAGUACCUUACGACUAUCGACCAGCUUUUAGUUAAGCAAAAGGUCGAGCUGCUCGAGGCCUUCACUGGUUUCGAGACCAACAACAAGUUCACGAUCAAGAACGCCCUGGGUCAGAAGGUCUAUUUCGCGGCGGAGGACAACGACUGCUGCACGCGCAAUUGCUGUGGUCCUGCGCGUCCCUUCGACAUGCGGGUCUUUGAUAACUUCCAGCAGGAAGUGAUCCACAUGCACCGCCCGCUGGCCUGCUCCUCCUGUCUGUUUCCCUGCUGUCUGCAGAGUAUCGAGGUCUCGGCACCACCCGGCAAUGUUAUCGGCACCAUUGAGCAGGAGUGGUCCAUCUGUUCGCCAUCCUUCCGCAUCCUCAACCACGUGGGUGACACGGUGAUGCGCAUCGAAGGACCUUUCUGCACCUUUUCGCUCUGCGGCGACGUUGAGUUCAAUGUUGUUUCGCUCACUGGUGAGAAGAUAGGCAAGAUCUCGAAACAGUGGUCGGGCCUGGCACGUGAAAUUUUCACGGAUGCGGACUUCUUCGGCAUCAAUUUCCCACUGGACUUGGAUGUGCGCAUGAAGGCCGUUUUGCUGGGUGCCACAUUCCUCAUAGAUGCCAUGUUCUUUGAGAAAGCCGGAAACCAAGAGACCGAUAGGCCCGGAAUGCUUUAGGAAUCGGGUGCUGGCUUGUGCGUGAAUUGUUUAUGCGUUGCAACCGAUUGUUGUGGCGUUUGUGGCAAUUGCGAAUGCGAUUGCGACGAUUAAAUGUUGUGCAUUAUCUUGAGUUGCAACUUUAUCCAAAUAUCUUCCCGGUGAACUGUCGCGUACUAGUCUUCUGUACCAAAUGCUUAUUGAUGAAAAUGGAUCGCACUAAUGAAACUCCUUGUUAAUUUUGAUGAACAUACUGAACUCAGGCUUCCUUCGAGAGGACAUUGCCAGAAUAUAAAACUAACUUUAAGUUAGCAUUUUUUGCUAUUUUGCCACAGCAAUUACUUGUGUAAAGUAUUCAACGACAAAUCAGCUUUAUUUAUGAAUUUUGUAUUGAUGCUCUGAAGCGACAACUAACUAACGAAUGAUUCGUUAUUGAAACAUGUACUUUAAACUGUAUGUUAAGUGUCUUAUGGAAAGAAAAAUAUAUUUAACAUUGUAUAUUGUUAAGCAUCAGGAAAUUUAUAUAUAUCCCUACUGAUAUUAUGGAACAGAAGGUUUUCUUUUUAUGUAUUACAACAAAAGUUAAAUAAAUUAUAAACUUAUAUACUG